AUGGCCCCGCCCCAGCCGGGCCGGGCCGGGCACCUCCCUGGGCCCCGAGGCGGCGGCGGCGGCGGCGGCCGGCGACAGCUGGAGGCACUGGCUAGCGACAUGAGCGGGGUGGCAGCAGCGGCAGCGGCCGGAGCAGGAGCCGGGCAGGGGCGCGGGCGAGGCCGUCCAGGGGCAGCCCUCUCGGCCUCGGUCCCAGCCGGGGAGACGCACAAGCUGGUGGUCGUGGGAGGCGGCGGCGUGGGCAAGAGCGCGCUCACUAUCCAGUUCAUCCAGUCCUACUUCGUGUCUGACUAUGACCCGACCAUCGAAGACUCGUACACCAAGCUGUGCAGUGUGGAUGGGACCCCGGCCCGGCUGGACAUCCUGGACACCGCCGGGCAAGAGGAGUUUGGGGCCAUGAGGGAGCAGUACAUGAGAGCCGGCCACGGCUUCCUGCUGGUAUACGCUAUCAAUGACCGGCAGAGCUUUAACGAAGUAGGCAAGCUGCAUACUCAGAUCCUCCGAGUCAAGGACAGAGAUGAUUUCCCCAUCGUGCUGGUGGGCAACAAGGCCGAUCUGGAGACCCAGAGACAGGUACCCCGCUCAGAGGCCUCUGCCUUCUGCACCUCCCGCCACAUAGCCUAUUUCGAAGCAUCGGCCAAACUUCGGCUCAACGUGGAUGAAGCCUUUGAACAGCUGGUUCGAGCUGUCCGGAAGUACCAGGAGCAGGAGCUGCCCCCCAGCCCCCCCACGCCCCCACGAAAGAAGGCUGGCAGUGGCAACUGCCCUUGUCUUCUGCUCUAACUCUUCUGGCCUGGGAAUGGAGCUAUACCUCAGGAGAUGGCUGGCUCUGCACCCACCCCACUGUCCGGGGCCCUCCCCCAAAUGGGGCAUGGAUGGACCAUGGGGUGGGAGCAGUGCACGACCCACCCCACCCUGCCCAGUUACACUACACCAACCAGGUCCCUGGGAUGGGGCCACCAGUGCCUUCUUCACAGAGCAACUCCCUCCCCUCUCCCUCAAAAUCACAACUGUAUAGACCCUGACACCCCAUUUCUCAAUAAACAUCACUGCCAAGACCA